AUGUCUCCUGAUCCCUGUUCAGACUUUUCUUCUUCUUCCUUCGAUCCUUCUGACCACAGUCCACCCCCUAUCGCUCCCAAUCCCCUUGCAGCUGCUCCAGACCCAGUUUCACAGCGUCCACCUUACGCCCCUUCCUGCCUCCCCCCUUCUCAAGCACAGGCCUCCACCACCACUCCCAGCCCCACUCCCCUGCCCUUGCCUGAGAUAAGCUCUGAGACCUCAGCCCCACGCUCUACCGCAGGGUCCCAAGGCUUUACCCUGACCUCCCUAGAUCCCCUCCCAUAUCCAGUCCUGAACAAGCAGGAAACUUUACAGCAGGACCCCUCGCCUUACCCUGCUCCACUCCUCCCUGUAUGGGAAGCAGCUGGAGCAGAAGGCAUUGUUGGGGUUCAUGUCCCAUUCUCCCUCACCGAUCUAUCUCAAAUCGAAAAGCAGCUUGGCUCUUUCUCUUUAGACUCUGAUAAUUAUCUGAAAGAAAUCAAGUAUCUUACCCAGUCUUACAACUUAACCUGGCAUGAUAUUUACAUCAUCCUUUCCUCCACUCUUCUCCCAGAAGAGGAGGAAUGA